UAAAUAAUAUUUUCCAAAAUGAAGUGUAAAUUAUGCGAUGAGCGCAAGGCUGCCAUCAAAAGACCAAAGAAUGGUCAUGCAGUUUGUAAAGAGUGCUUCUUUUAUGUCUUUGAAGAGGAAGUCCAUCAUACUAUUGUCUCCAAUAACUUAUUUAAACCAGGAGAGAAGGUAGCCAUUGGAGCAUCUGGAGGAAAAGACUCGACAGUUUUGGCUCAUGUGCUUACUACUCUUAAUAAAAGGUACGACUAUGGCUUGGAUCUGUUUCUUCUCUCUGUUGAUGAAGGAAUUACUGGAUAUCGUGAUGAUUCCCUGAAAACUGUCGAGCUGAACAAAGAAUACUACCAACUUCCUCUCUUAGUCAUCUCAUAUGAAGAAAUUUACGGCUGGACAAUGGAUGAAAUUGUCAAACUUGUCGGACUAAACAACAACUGUACCUUCUGUGGAGUCUUUAGAAGACAAGCUCUCGACAGAGGAGCCUAUAAACUUGGAGUUGACAAAAUUACAACUGGUCAUAAUGCUGAUGACAUUGCUGAAACAGUACUUAUGAACAUAUUGAGAGGCGACUUUUUCAGACUUUCUAAGUGCCAUAAAAUUAUUACAGGAGAGGAUGACACAAUGCCAAGAUGCAAGCCUUUAAAAUAUUGCUAUGAAAAAGAGAUUGUCAUGUAUGCUCACUUAAAGAAGCUUGAUUACUUCUCCACAGAGUGUUCAUAUGCUCCCCAAGCAUAUAGAGGAUAUGUCAGAGAAUUGUUAAAGAAUAUGGAAAAGAUUAGGCCCAGCUCAAUUGUAGAUAUCAUUCAUAGUGCAGAAAAGAUGGAGCUAGAUAGUGAUGUUAAAAUUCCUCCUAAGUUAAGCUGUACCAAGUGUGGAUUCAUCUCAAGUAAUAAGGUAUGCAAGGCAUGUGUUUUGCUCGAUGGAUUGAACAAAGGGCGACCAAAGAUUGCAAUUGGAAAGAAAGCUAUUAUUGCUUAUGAGGAAGACAACAAAAAUCAAGAUGAAGAAGUUAAAGAGCCAGAAGAGACAAAAGAAGCUGAAGAAACCUCCGGAGAAAUUAGUAAAAGCUUCUAGUAUUUUAUAAAUUUAUUCGCAUUUCAAUCAUUA